CCAUUUUGUCGGCCAUUUCCUCCAUUGAGUCUGAAGCUUCCCCGCCGCACAGGACGCUCCAUCUCCGGCCUGAGCUUCAGCAGCAGCCCGGGCUCGCUCGACCAAGCUGCAGCUGCCCGGUGGACGAGAGACGAAAGGCCUGGAAGUUUGUCAUUCAUCAUGGCGCUGAAGAUCGUGAAAGGAAGCAUCGAUCGAAUGUUCGAUAAAAACCUGCAGGAUUUAGUACGUGGCAUCAGGAACCACAAGGAAGAUGAGGCCAAGUACAUCUCCACCUGCAUCGACGAGAUCAAGCAGGAGCUCAAGCAGGACAACAUCGCCGUCAAAGCCAACGCCGUCUGCAAGCUCACCUACCUUCAGAUGCUGGGCUACGAUGUCAGCUGGGCCGCGUUCAACAUCGUGGAGGUCAUGAGCUCUUCCAAGUUCACCUACAAGAGGAUUGGCUACCUGGCAGCCUCGCAGUGCUUUCACGAGAGCACCGAUGUCAUCAUGCUGACCACUAAUCAGAUCCGAAAGGAUCUCAGCAGUCCCAACCAGUACGACACAGGUGUUGCCCUCACUGGCCUCUCCUGCUUUGUGACCCCUGACCUGGCCCGGGACCUGGCCAAUGACAUCAUGACGCUGAUGUCCCACACUAAACCCUACAUCAGAAAGAAAGCGGUGCUCAUCAUGUACAAGGUCUUUCUCAAGUACCCCGAGUCCCUCCGCCCUGCCUUCCCCAGACUGAAGGAGAAACUUGAGGACCCAGAUCCAGGCGUGCAGUCAGCUGCGGUCAACGUAAUCUGUGAGCUGGCCCGCAGGAAUCCCAAGAACUACCUGUCUCUGGCACCUCUCUUCUUCAAGCUCAUGACCUCCUCCACUAACAACUGGGUUCUUAUUAAGAUCAUUAAGUUGUUUGGUGCGCUCACGCCACUUGAGCCGCGUUUGGGGAAAAAGUUGAUCGAGCCUCUUACAAACUUGAUUCACAGUACCUCUGCCAUGUCUUUGCUGUACGAGUGUGUGAACACGGUUAUUGCAGUGUUGAUUUCCUUGUCGUCUGGGAUGCCCAAUCACAGUGCUAGUAUCCAGCUCUGUGUGCAGAAACUGCGAAUCCUGAUCGAAGACUCUGACCAGAACUUGAAGUACCUGGGGCUUUUGGCCAUGUCCAAAAUCCUGAAGACCCACCCCAAGUCAGUGCAGAGUCACAAGGACCUCAUCCUCCAGUGUCUGGAUGACAAGGAUGAGUCAAUCCGCCUGAGAGCUUUGGACCUCCUCUAUGGCAUGGUCUCCAAGAAGAACUUGAUGGAGAUUGUGAAGAAACUGAUGCUCCACGUGGACAAAGCGGAGGGAACCACCUACAGGGAUGAACUGCUUACUAAGAUCAUUGACAUCUGCAGCCAGAGCAACUACCAGUACAUCACCAACUUUGAAUGGUACAUCAGUAUCCUGGUGGAGCUGACGAGAUUAGAGGGCACGAGGCACGGUCACCUCAUCGCCUCUCAGAUGCUUGAUGUUGCUAUUCGGGUGAAAGCCAUCCGAGUGUUCGCCGUAGCCCAGAUGGCUACCCUGCUGGACAACGCCCACCUGUUGACUGGCAACAUGCAGAGGAACGGCAUCUGUGAAGUUUUGUACGCAGCGGCCUGGAUCUGCGGCGAGUUCUCGGAGCAUCUGGAGAACCCGUUGCAGACACUGGAGGCCAUGCUGCGGCCAAAGGUGGCCACCCUGCCGGGACAUAUCCAGGCUGUGUACGUGCAGAACGCCGCCAAGCUGUUUGCCACCGUGCUGAAGAGCCAAGAGGGCAACACCGACAGCACGACUGCACAGGAAACCAUCCAGCUGAUGAUCGACCGACUGCCGCUUUUUGUCCAAAGCGCCAACCUGGAGGUGCAAGAGAGGGCGUCCUGCAUCCUGCAGCUGGUGAAAUACAUCCAGAAGCUGCAGCAGAAAGAUGUGGCGGUGGCGGAGGAAGUGAUUGCACUGUUUGCUGGAGAACUCAACCCUGUGGCCCCCAAGGCACAGAAGAAAGUGCCUGUUCCUGAAGGGCUGGACUUGGAUACCUGGAUCAACGAGCCUCCCUCGGAGAGUGAGUCUGAGGACGAGCAGCCCAAGGCUAUUUUUGCCAGGGAGGAGCCCAAACAUUCCCGCCCCAGACACACAGAGGUGGACGAGAAGGAGCUGGCCAGGAGGAGAGAAGCCAGAAAACAGGAGCAAGCCAACAACCCUUUUUACAUCAAGGCCUCCCCUUCCUCUCAGAAGGUGUACCAGGACACGCCCGGAGUGGAGCACAUCCCAGUCGUUCAAAUUGAUCUGACGGUGCCUCUCAAAGUACCAGGCCUGCCCAUGUCAGACCAGUACGUCAAGCUGGAGGAGGAGCGUCGGCAGAAGGAGAGAGCCGAGAAGAAGAAGGAGAAGAAAAAGAGGAAAGAGAAGCGCAGCGGCCGAGGGAAGAAGCACGACUCGGGCCCAGAGAGCGAGGAGGACAUCACACCUGCGCACCUGGUGGACAUCGUUACGGAGGAGAUGCCAGAGAAUGCCUUACCCAGUGAUGAUGAUGACAAAGACCCUAAUGACCCUCACAAAGCCCUGGACAUUGACCUGGACAACUUGGUGGAAAUGGCCAGGCGAAGGCCUCUUGCUGAGAGCGAGAAGCUGCCAGUAAAGUCCCACCGUGCAUCGGAGUCUUUAAAAAGCCCGGACGGAGAGGCAGAAAGCACCUCACAGGAAGCCAAGAAGAAAAGCGUCAAGGAAAAGGAGAAGAAGAAGAAGGAUAAAGACCGCGAUAAGAAGAAGAGCAAAGACGAGAAGAAGAAGAAGAAACACAAGCAUGAAGACAAGGGGCCGGAUCUUCUUGGCAAUCAGUCAGAUGACGCUGUCAACCAAUCAGAAGGACCCAGUGAGGUGGCGGCUCCUCCCACUUCCACUGCCGCUGAGGUUACCGAUCUGGAUUUCUGGCUGUCAAAGUCUCCAGUGCCCUCUAAUGCCCAGGAAGUAGCAGCAGCCCCAGUGCCCGAGGUGGCCUCUGGCUCACCACCCAACUCUGAGCCUGAAAAAAGCCCAAAAGAAACGGAAACGGAGGAGUCUAAGACCUCCAAACCCAAGAAGAAGAAGAAGGACAAGGAGGAGAAGAAAAAGAAGAAGAAGCACCACCACCACCACCACCACCAUCACCACAGCGAUGGCGGCGGGGAAGGCUCGGUGCAGAACGGCACGGUGGAGGAGGAAGAACCGCUACCACCCAUGUCCAAUUACUGCCUUCUAGCCGAGAACUCUUACAUCAAGAUGAUGAAGGAAGAUGCAGAUCAGGUUUGCGACAUUCAGGGAAACCUGCAGGACGGGAGCCAGGUGGUGGUGUCGGUCAUCUUUGAGAACAAGUGCGAGAGCUUCCUCAAGUCCAUGGAGUUCAACGUCCUGGACUCUCUCAACUCCAAGCUGCAGAGGCCGGAGGGGGCGGGGCCACACGACGGCCUGUCGGUCCCCUUCCAGCUUCCGCCUGGAGUGUCCAAUGAAGCGCGCUUUGUGUUCAGCGUGCAGAGCAUCGUGAUGCCACAGAAACUGAAGGGAACACUCACUUUCAUUGUCAAGAACGAAGAAUCAUCAACUCAUGAGAAACUGGACUUCAAACUGCACUUUACGUGUACCUCCUACCUAAUCACCACUCCAUGCUACAGUGAUGCCUUCGCAAAGCUCUUGGAAUCUGGGGACCUGAAGGGCAGCUCUGUCAAACUGGAAGGAGUCAACAUGCCAUUCCACCAUCUUCUGGCCAGGAUCUGCUUCCAUCACCACUUCUCCGUGGUGGAGAGGAUCGACUCCUGUGCCUCCAUGUACAGUCGCUCUGUCCAGGGUCACCAUGUCUGUCUGCUCGUCAAAACUUCGGGUCAGACGGUGUCCAUGGACGCCAAAUGUGACGAGCCGGCGCUGCUGGGGAACGUGCUGGACGAGAUCAAGCAGACCUUCUCUCAGUGCUGAUGGUGUGCAGGGUAGCCCCGCCCCCUCACUGGAACACACUUCCCCUAUUUAUUCUUCUUCACGCUCCGUCUUUCCCUGCGACACACUUUCACCCUUUUGACUCCGCCCACCUCCUGGACUUCUCCUUUCCUCCUCUCCCUCACUCCCUCUCUGUGUCCGUCUGGGACAGUCACGACACGUAACCAUGACAACCGGACUUUGGCUCCAUUUGCGGUUUUACUCUUUUUGAACACUUUUGGUUUGUAUCGUUCCAUGUUUCUUUGUCUGAAGCCUGUCUGCGCCUUUUGUGUGUGCGUGCGUGUGUGUGUGUGCGUGUGGGCGUGUGUGUGAGACUGCUGUUUAGGCCUUGGAACCAUGUCUCUACCAGACUGAAAAGAAAGAGAGAGACUCGUGCAGCAGCCUCUGACACCGUGGAAAGGAAAGCCAAGGCUCCAUGUAAGGCCUGACAAGCCCUCCCAGUGAGCCCUGCUCUUACUCUCACAUGCAACUUCAAAAAUGUAUCCAGAAACCUGGAUUUAAUUUGAAGUAGUCAGUGUACAGCUUGGAGGAGAUGAGUCGGCGCACCGCCAUUACUGUCCAAAUACGAGUAAUAGAUGUACAUAUUGUAUCCUCGGUGUGAAUAUUUUGCACUAUUCCUGCAAUUCAUAGCUCUCCCCUGUGUGAACCACAGCUCUUCAGUGCCCGCGGAACUUGUGCAGCCCAGAUCGGAACGCUAGCGGCGUGCUUGACUAUUGACUAUUUUGCUACUCACUCAAUGUGUAGACAACAAUGGCUUUGCGUUGACUCAUUUUCAUGAGUGGAACCUCCGUCUACAAAUCUUUGAACAGGGUUUGUAAAUUAAAAAGUUUGUACAGUGAAACAAAACAGUGUAAAUAUGAAAGAACGGGUUCCAACCUCCACAAGAGUCCAUAUUUGAGUGAACACAAUCUAAAAUGCUAUGCACUACUGUGUAUGCCACAAAGAUAAGAAGUCUCUUCAUUAACAAGCUAAAACAACAACAAGUGCCCUCACAAACGAUCAGAAACUACAAAAAUCCAAAUAUUGUAUCCUCAGUGUGACUAUUAAGCACUAUUGCCUGCGAGAGCUGCACAAAUUGUUACCAGAAUUCAUAGUCCUCCCUUGCGUGAACCACAGCUCUUCAAUGCCGUGCUUGACUAUUGACUAUUUUGCUACUCACUCAAUGUGUAGACAACAAUGGCUGCGCGUUGACUCAUUUUCAUGAGUGGAACCUCUGUCUACAAAUCCUUGAACAUGGUUUGUAAAUUAAAAAGUUUUUAUGGUGAAACAAAACAGUGUAAAUAUGAAAGAACGGGUUCCAUCCUCCACAACAGUCCAUAUUUUAGUGAACACAAUAUAAAGUGCUAUGCAUUACUGUGUAUGCCACAACAUAAGUAUAUCCAUUAAAAAGCUAAAACAAGUGCCCUCACAAACGAUCAGAAACUACAAAAAUCCAAAUAUUGUAUCGUCUGUGUGACUAUUAAGCACUAUUGCCUGUGAGAGCUGCACAGGUUACCAGAAUUCAUAGUCCUCCCUUGCGGGAACCACAGCUCUUCAAUGCCGUGCGUGACUAUUGACUAUUUUGCUACUCACUCAAUGUGUACACAACAGUGGCUGCGUGUUGACUCAUUUUCAUGAGAGUGGAACCUCUGUCUACAAAUCCUUGAAUAGGGUUUGUAAAUUAAAUUUUGUAUAGUGAAACAAAACAGUGUAAAUAUGAGAGAACAGGUUCCAACCUCCACAACAGUCCAUAUUUUAGUGAACACAAUAUAAAGUGCUAUGCACUACUGUGUAUGCCACAACAUAACAAAUAUAUCCAUUAACAAGCUAAAACAAGUGCCCUCACAAACGAUCAGAAACUACAAAAAUCCAAAUAUUGUAUCCUCAGUGUGACUAUUAAGCACUAUUGCCUGUGAGAGCUGCACAGGUUGUUACCAGAAUUCAUAGUCCUCCCUUGCGGGAACCACAGCUCUUCAAUGCCCACAGCACUCGUGCAGCCCCAGAUAGGAAAGCUAGCGCCGUGCUUGACUGUAGGCCAGACUAUUUUGCUACUCACUCGAUAUGUAGACAACAAUGGCUGUGCGUUGACUCAUUUUCAUGAGUGGAACCAAAUUGAAAAGUUUGUAUAGUGAAGCAAAACAGUGUAAAUAUGAAUAAUGGCUUCCAGCCUCGACGAGUCCAUAUUUUAAUGAACACAAUCUAUAGUGCUAUGCAGUACUGUGUAUCACACAAACAUAAGUCUCUUCAUUAGUGAGCUGAACUUUGCACACAAGUCCCAUUUGUGCCCUCACAAACGAUCAGAAACCACAAAAAUCCUUAACUUCCACAACCAUAUUGCUAUACCAACAAACUUUUGAAAAAGUAAAACCCACUUUCUACUGUAAGUCGGUUUUACUUUUUCACGCAGUGGAGGCACAGGUAGUCCCAUCCUCUGUUUUGGCAUCUUUCUCCAGAAAAGUCAGUUGUCAUCACAAUCACAAUUAAAAACUUCAAUACAAGCAAGCACAAAAUGGCUGCCAGCGGGACGUAAAAGGCAUGAAUGAAGCGUAGAAGUGGUCUGCACACAGAGGUGGAUGAAAAGGUUUGCAAAUGGAGGUUCCACUGUACUGCUAUUGAAGUUGCUUUUCUCCAGUAAAAUUUUAGGUGCAGGAAGUUUGCAGGUCGCCUAUGCUGGCUUGUUAAAAAUAUCUCCCAGUAGGACUGCUGCUACUAGUGAUGGGUGGCACACUCACUAGCUGCAUCUACACUUUCUUGGUGUUACCAUAUUGGUGCCAUCUGCUGGAUUUUCAAAUAAAAAAAUCACUACAUUUGACCUGCAAAUACCUUUUUUUUCCCCAUACUCUGCAAGACAAGAUGUGCAGAAAAUGAAACUUGCAACUCUGGUCAUUGAGCAAAAUAGUAAACAGGGUAGGAACGUUUACCUUAUUUUGUGGUACAAGGUUCAAAUUAUCCAAGACUUUGGAAUUUUUAGAUGGGUGUUGUCCAGGGUGUACCCGCCCGAAUGCAGCUGACAGGCUCCAGCAACCCCAAAAAGAACAAGCAGUAGGAAAUGGAUGGAUGGAUGAUGGCGACGGAAAAAAAAAGUCAAACGCUUUUCAGUUUAUGAAUAUAAAAACCCGCUUCCUUCCAGUUUGGCAGUUGUAUCGGUCACACGAUGCACAUGGCGGUAUCAGCAGACACAGUAUCACUCCUCGUGUUCAGUAUCGUUUGACCCAUCACUAGUCGCCCCUUAUCAGUAUUAGUCACCAUUGGAAUAACAACUUUUCUAUUUGCCAGCUCAAUCUUUGUUGCCCUUUUUUUGCUACUGGGCUGAAAGUAAUAAUAGUAGCAAAGUGGAGCAGGUCACACAUUUCCCAGCUUUCACUUUCAAUUACAAUUUGUAAAAUAGCAUUGUUCAGAAUGUACAUUUUUUUUAUUCACCUUUUCUUUUCCACAAAAAAAACUUGUCAUUCUAUGUUGACCUUUCUUCUUUCUUUCUUUUUUCCCAAUGAAGCGUACUUGAGCAGUUUGUGUGUAUCCAACCUAAGGCGAAACAAUGUCGAUUGUGAAACACAAAAACUGAAAGUCGAGAGUGUCAUGUGACGCAGGUACCGAGAGGCUCGCCGGCUGUCUUAAUUCUCUUUUGGUUGAGUUGUAGUGACAUUUUAUAAUAAUUGUUUGGCUUGUGAAGUAUACUCUCAGCAAGGACAGUUUCCAAAGGCCCUGUUGUCUAUUUGUUUCUCCAUUAUUCUCCUGCUGUCAAAUGUAAUGUUUUAAAAGGGGCUUGAAUUGCAUUCAUUCCCUCUCCAGAUAUCCAACUUCAACGUGAAAAUAAAAGCUGUAAGAUGCUACUGUA